UGCUGCGACCGUGUGUCAGCUUCAGACAUGGCUUCGAGAUUAGAAAUAAAUUUUAUCAGAUUACUGUCCCGCUGUGAAUCUAUAGCGUCGGAGAAACGUGGAGAGACUGAAUGGAGGCUGGAGAAGUAUGUUGGUGCCCUGGAGGAGAUGUUGGUGGCUCUGAGGAAGAGCCUGAGCAAACCCACAGCAGAAAUCCUGACUGAAUAUACAAGAAAAGUAGAUUUUCUGAAAGGACUUCUUGAGGCAGAGAAACUGUCUUCACCAACAGAAAAAGCUUUAGCCAAUCAGUUCCUCGCCCCCGGACGAACACCCACGAUAGCCAAUGAGAGGAUGCCUGCCUCUAAAACUGUCCACAUGCAGACGAAGGCCCGUUGUACAGGAGAGAUGAGAGACGAGCUGCUCGGCACGGGGUUGUCAGGCAAAGGCACGUCAGAAACAGACUUGCGAAACAGAAGAGGUCUUCCUCUGGAUGAGCGUCAGUCAGCUGCAGAGCUGGAGGCCGUCCUGCAGCACCACCACAACCUGCAGGAGAAACUUGCUGAUGACAUGCUCAACCUGGCCCGAAACUUGAAGAACAACACUCUGGCAGCGCAGAACAUCAUCAAACAGGACAACCAGACUCUGAGCCAAUCCAUGCGUCAGGCCGACAUGAACUUCGAGAAGCUGAAGACGGAGUCGGAGCGGCUGGAGCAGCACACCAAGAAGUCCGUCAACUGGCUGCUGUGGCUGAUGCUCAUCCUGGUCUCCUUCACCUUCAUCAGCAUGAUCCUCUUCAUCAGAAUCUUCCCCAGACUCCGAUGAUGACCGUGCACAUUCCCGAACUCUUUUAGUCCUUCAUCCUCCUGUGUUUACAAAGCAAUCUCUACAUAGGCCUCAUAGAUCUACACAGCUCGUCUGUACGCGUGAUACAGAUCCGUAGCGGUCAGAACCAAAACGACUCGGCUUGAUGAACCGAAACAUUUGCACUUUUGAAACAGAAAUGCUUCCUUUAAACAGGCCGGUGGAAGUUUAAAAUGUGGUUUGCAGCAUCAGUAUUCCUUUUUUAAGCAGGACAGAACAUGACUGGAGGUGAAGAGCUUCUUGUUGGAGGUUAGUUUGCGAGCAGCAACAUAGUCUUAAUACCCAGACAGCAGGGACUGAGCCUUAAUUAUUUUAAUCCCUCAUCAGGGAGGCUACGAGCCAUUCAUACGUGUCUUCUUUCUCAGUGGGACUUAAGUCAAAAAUCAGCUUGUAGAACUUUUUUUUCGCAGUGCAUACAUCUUGAAGAGUUCACGAACCGUCCACUGUAUACACCACGGUUUCAGCACUAUGUUGAGUUGAUCCAAGACCCCAAAAAACUGACUUAAAAACAGCUGUGAUGUGCUUAAACUUGGUGACACUUUAACUGCCCCUGUUAAGCAUUUAUAAGCACUAUAUAAGGCUGCAGUCACACUGCAGGGAUUAAUGCUUGACUCUGAUUAUUGCCCUAGAUCUGAUCUUCCUGCCAAGGCUGUUCUUUGAAGUGAUCCAUAUCUGACAUAAGUGUGAACAGGUCUCUGCCUUGAAACGCCUCACAUGCAAACAGUAAUGUCACACACAUGCACGUUGGAACAACAACAAACGUCACAUUUGGGGAAAAAACUGAAUGACAUAGUAGUGCAUGCUUCAUCUCCUGAAUAAAGCCCAUAGUAGGAAGGUCUGAUGAUGUCAUUCUGCAUGAUAAUUAGCCAUGUAAGUGCUUCUGUUUGGGAGAGUGUGUGGCGUGUUUUUGGAGUAGGGUUUCAUGGAAGAACAGUUCCUCCAAAACUUUAGGAUGUCCAGGGCUACAUUCCAGUAUCCAUGUCAGCACCUCGUGACACCACUGUCAUGGCAUGUAGGUAAACUGUCCCCGUCAGAGAGCAUCUAGCUGUGGAGUUCUCUCGACUGGUGACUGGGGCAGCCUUAAGCAGUAGCGGUAUAGCCACAGCAGCCCUGUGUAGUUUCAACAGACCACUCCGACACUGUAUUGUGAGUGAUCUGCACCUGCACAGUGAUGUAUGUUAUUGAAAAACCACAGCUGUAUGGAAAAAAUGAUCGUUCUGACAUUGGUCGCAUGGCCAUUGGUUCAGAUAUGUAUCAGAUUUAGGACUACAUAUGAAAGUGGCCCUGAUCUGAUUGGGAAUAAAUUGGAUUUCUAUGUCCACACGGCUGAGAAAAAGUCAGAUCUGUGUCACAUAAGAGCAAAAAAAUAGAUUUGGGCCACAUUUGGUUGUAUUGUGAACGUAUCCUAAACAUUUAAUAAACGGUUCAUAGCACUAUAAUGUUGUAAGCACCUAUAUUGUCUAUAAUUCUUCAGCUAUGAAAACUCAUGUUCUUAAUUAUUAAAUCCGUCUGAGACCCUGCCUUUUUGGGUUUACUGGACCGUAUACUUAUUUCUGCUUAACUUAGACCUGUUGUCCUCGUUCGUGGACACUUAUUUGUUCACACUAAUCCAUGUAAAAACAAGAUGGCAGCCAUCUCUGCUAAGCUGUCAACAGCCGACCCUGCCACAAAAGUGGACAAGGUCCAAAACCUGAUCAGAUUUUAAUGGUUCAAACUUGUUUAAUUAUGAUUAAUAACUGUUGUAGUUUGAUAUGCUGUACAAUAGCAACAGUAACAAGGUGAGAAGCUGCUUAUAAAGCACUUGUUUGAGGACGUUGGGACUUAAUUGUUGUUUCGUUUGAGGAUUUUGGGACUAUAUUAUCAGGUCCUACUAAUCCAAGAUAGCUAGGAGGAAUUAAAAAUGCAUACCAAAUAAAUGUUCGGAUAUUUAUUAUCAGUCAUGAUCUGUUUAUAGAGCAGCCUCCACUCAUCAUCAGGAGGAGUUAUAUUUGUCGAACAAUACAUUAAUGAACACUUAAAUCCGUAACGAUGACAUUAUAGCGUCCUAUGAACCAGUUAUUAAAUGUUUGCAUAUAAAUGAUAAACAAGGGGUUAAAGUAAAGUGUUUCACUAAAUUGGAAUAUUAUAUCAAGUUUUAGAGGCAUUCACUGUGAAGAGGUUUAAAGUUUCGUUUUGUUUGUAUUUGUUAAAUGUUCUUUAGUUCUCCUCUCAUCUUAUGUCAAAUAAUCUCCUCAAUCCUGUUUGUUGUUUAUGAGUCUGUACGUGUUUGAUUCCAUAAAUGUCCAUCAGUUGAUAUUUGUAUGUUGGUGAUGACUGCUGAGGCCGAUGAUGUUGACAACGUAAGAUUUAGCUCUUGUUAAAAUGACUGUAAUGAAUCACACAUCAUUCACAGCGGCAAAUUACAACCACUUUCUGUCAUUGUGUUGGCAUAAUAAUCCUGAGUACUGUGUGUGUGUGUGUGUGUGUGUGUGUUGUGAGAGCUGUGUAUGACCUUUCCUCAUGAACUAAGAUACCAAAUUGCACCCUCUGUUGUUGGAAACAUCAGAUGCAAUGACAUCAUGCGGCCACAGUGUGUCAGUCACAUCCUUAAUAUAAGACCAGAUAAUGGCCUCCAUGACCCUGAUGGCCUGAUUAACCCUGCUACUCAUUUAGCAGUGAUCUGACAACUGAAGUAUGGCUAAAUAAAGGCAGUUGGCCACAGAAAAAGCACACAGAGACCAUAUGUGA